GAUACGUUUCCAGGUUAUGCCUUUUCAAAUACCGCUUCAUUUGGUAUUACAUACACUGUGAAACAGGAAGCUAACUAGUACUAGUUGACAUAUCAAGGAGCUGUUUCAGCCAUGAAAUCCCCUGGCCUUGGAGAUCUAGGAUGUAUGGAAUUUACUUCACACACACCCCAUUUUUUCAAGAUAAUUCUUGACGACACUGGCAGAUGUGAAAAGCUAAGGAUUCCGGAGAAGUUUGCAAAAAGAUAUGGAAGUGAUAUUUUGAGUCCAGUGUUCCUUAAGGUACCAAGUGGGGCAGUGUGGGAAGUAGAAUUAAAAAUGUGUGAUGAUGAUACGUGGCUGUGGAAUGGGUGGUCUGAAUUUGCAAAGCAUUAUUCUCUUGGUUAUGGAUCCUUUCUUGUUUUUAGAUAUGAAGGGAAUUGCCAUUUCCAUGUGAUCAUAUUUGACAAGACUGCUUUGGAGAUAGCAUAUCCAUGCGUUAGAACUCAUGUCAAGGUUCCUAAUCCUACUAAUGGUGGAUUUCAAGAUCUUAUGAUGGAAGAUGAUAUCUCAGUUGAAAUCUUGGAUGAGGUUCCACCAUCCAAGAAAACAAGAGUGAGAUCAGCAUCACCGAGCAGCCAACCUCGAAGGAUGACGAGAUCCACUUCAAAUCUAAGAUCUCCAGACAUCAAACCCAGCAGGGUUAAGUAUGAGAUCCAAGAGCCAGAAUUUGAUGCUAAAAGAAGUGGUAAACAUCCACAAAAAAUGGAAGUUUGCAGAAGGAAGCCAACAUUGGGACACAAGGAGAGAGAGAAAGCCCUUCUGCGAGCCAGUUCAUUCAACUCAAAACAUCCCUUCUUUGCAGUUGUCAUGCAACCAUCAUAUAUUUAUGAUAAGUGUAGAAUGACUUGGUCUGUUGUGUGUUCUAGAGAGAAGAAGCCUAAACUUCUUUGUGGUUGGAAAGAAUUUGCACAGGGAAACAAUUUAGAAGUUGGUGAUGUUUGUGUCUUUGAGAUGAUCAACCAGACCAAGAUCACUUUUAGUGUAGCAAUUUUCCGCAAUGUUCAAGAUGCAAAAAUUGGCCAAGCACCAGUUGGUUGCAGUGAAAUGUCCAGUCCUGCUCAAAAAUGCUGCAUACCUGAUGUUCCUACUAGAAAACGGGCACUGGUUCCAACUGAAAAAGCUAGAGAUCCUCCAAGAGUCACUUCGUUCAAAUCUGAAAACCCCUCUUUUACAGUCACAAUUCAGCCAUCAUAUGUUCACUCUGAUGUGAAUGUGCCAUGUUUCUUUGUAGAGGAACAUGUCAAGCAGAAUGUAGAGGAUGUGAAACUUCAGAUUGGUGACAGAUUAUGGCCUGUUAAGUUGCUCAGAUCUUCAAGGUAUAGGAAGACAAAGCUGACUUCUGGUUGGGGUACAUUUGUGACACAGAAUUCCGUCAAGGUUGGAGAAGUGUGUAUGUUUGAGCUGAUUAAUAGGGAGGAAGCUGUGCUGAAAGUGCACAUUUUCAGAAAAUCUGCUGAGUAAAUGGUGUUUUUCAAUUGCAUUUUUUUUCCCCUGUUUGUUGAAGGUGGUUGUUUUCGGAUUAUAAAUCUCACUCUUUUUUUUUUUUUUUUUUUUUUUUUUGGUGCAUAGGACAGUGCUUAAUAAUCAAGAAUUGACUGC